UGUGCUGCAGGCGCGGCCCGAAAAAGAAAAAGAAAACGUAUCUCCCAUCCCGUACCUGCUUCUGUUACGUGUAGCACAUAGUAGUUCACUCACCAAACAACAAUUGAGCACCAGCUAUGUCCCAGCACCGUUCUAGGUGACUUUAAAGCGUCCUAAGCCACUUACCUGCAGGUUUCAUUACCUGCGAGCAACCAGUGUUAAGGGUUUUCUCGUUUUCCUUCCAGUCUUUUUCCCACGUGGGGUUAAAGAAGUGCUUGCUUGUGUAGUUGUGUCUUCUUUCCUGGGUGUGGCAUGUUUGGGCAGCUCCCCGGCCCCAGCUGCACACGCAUACUCCACUUCUUGCAUUUGCUGAGUUCCCGGUUCCCCCUCAGGCCCCAGGGAUGUGGCCGUUUGUCAGAUCCUUCCAUGGCUUCCAGUCUCCUGGGGGGAAUCGUCUCUAUGUAGGGGUGAGAAACGGUGGGAUUUUAGUAGACGGAAUUUCUGGGCCUGGGGCUGCCACGGGGUGCAGGGGCGAGGCAAGGCCAACAGGCAAGGAUGGGUUGGGUCAGGGAUUCAGAUCCCCUGGGGGGUGGUUAGAGAUGCACAUUCUCAGGCCUCAUCAGAGACCCAUUAAGUCAGAACCUCUGGGGUGGGGCCCAGCAAAUGGUGUUUAAGUCCUGCAGGUGAUUCGGAUGCCCCCUCAAGUUUGAGAACAGGGGUCUAGGUGGGAGAUGAGGGUGGUGGGGCCGGGGGCCUGGCCCUGGGUGCAGGGAGGAGGGUUUUGAGGUACCCAGCAGGCCUCGGUGACUGGGUGUGGGGAGCUGAGGGUGAGGCUGAGUCCGGAGGGCUCCAAGGUGUGGCUCGGGGGAUGUCAGGUCUCCAGCCGGUGGGCCCCUCUGGUCCUCGUCCCGCCACCCUCCUGCCAGGGGGUCUUCGAGCCUCUCCUUGCCAGCCUCCAGUGAGCGCUGCUGCCACCGCCUGCCCUCCUGCUGCGUGUCAGUGAUGCGCCCUCUUGCCAACGAGCCAGCUCCCAGCCCAUCCGCCGUAGCCAGGGUGGUUGCCACAACGACUGACAUCAGCCAUCGGUCCCCCGGGGAUGCUGCCACCCUCCUGCCUACCUGCAGUGCCUCCAUUACCACCUCAUCCAGGACUAGAGGAGGCGUUGGGGGACCCCGCUCUCCUGCACACCCCAUUUGGAGGACUGGGUGGGGCCGGGAAGGGCCAGAGGCAAAGAGAGGCGGGCCGAGGGGAUGGCCUCCGGGGAGGCACGGCCCCUCUCGGGUGGCCUCUAGCCUGGGCGGCGAGGCCCCGGUCCACUGGGCUCCGGGACGGCAGAGGCAGAGGCAGCAGCCGCAGCAGCAGCAGCAGCAUCAGCAGCAGCCGCAGCAGCAGCGCCCGGGUCAUGGCAGAGGACGGGCCGAAGCCGACACAGCUCACCAUGCCGCUGGUCCUGGACCAGGACCUGACCAAGCAGAUGCGGCUGCGCGUGGAGAGCCUGAAGCAGCGCGGGGAGAAGCGCCAGGACGGCGAGAAGCUGCUGCGGCCGGCCGAGGCCGUGUACCGCAUCGACUUCAUCCAGCAGCAGCGGCUGCAGUUUGAGCGCUGGGACGUCGUGCUGGACAAGCCGGGCAAGGUCACCAUCACGGGCACCUCCCAGAACUGGACGCCCGACCUCACCAACCUCAUGACCCGCCAGCUGCUGGACCCCGCUGCCAUCUUCUGGCGCAAGGAGGCCUCGGAAGCCAUGGAUUGGAAUGAGGCAGACGCCCUGGAGUUCGGGGAGCGCCUGUCCGAGCUGGCCAGGAUCCGCAGGGUCAUGUAUUUCCUCAUCUCCUUCGGGGAGGGCGUCGAGCCCGCCGACCUCAGGGCCUCUGUGGUCUUUAACCAGCUCUGAGGGCAGCUGCCCGCCGACCCCCCUCCUCUCGCCCACCUGCCCGUCCCCUGCCCACCCCACCUCCCCCGCCCCCGGGCGUGUGUCCGGGGACAGUCUUCCUGCUGCUGGCCUGUGCUUGGCCUGUGUCCUUCCUGAGCCUGUGUCCUUCCUCGCCUCCUUUGCCUGGUCCUGGUGCUUCUGCUCGCGGGAGGAAGAUGCGAAGGCUCCGUAGUCUAGACGCCGAACCGGCCACCGCUGCUUCUGCUGCAGACCGUGGAGGCCUGGCCGGGGCUCGGGUGGGAAGACGGAGGGGCCUUCUCUGUGCUCCCUUGUCGGGAGACAGACCGAGAGAGAGAGACCAAGACAGAGAUGCAGACAGAGGGACGGACAGAUCUAAAGAACCAGCCAUCGGGCUUCCUCUGGAGAAACGACAGAGUAGGCCCCUCGGAGAACCCGGUAAACAGGCCUUCGCUGCCAUCCUGGCCAUGACACCUUUUGCCAGAGCCGGUGACCGAGGUGAACACCCAGCCCAAGAACCCGGGAAGGCGCUGCUCCGGGCACCUUGUGUGCUCCCACGAUGCCUCGGGGCUCUUAAAACAUCAGGCAGGGUUGCUGCGGGCAUGGAUUUGGGCCGUGGGGAGAGGCGGGCCCGCUGGAGGCUGGCAGGCUCUUGCUGUUCUGGGAAUGACUCCAGGAGGGGAGCCGUGAAGCAGGAAUGCGAGAAACGGUUGUGUAGCGACCUAUGUAUGCAGGUGCAUGUCUAUGGAGAGAGAGCAAGCUGUAAUCUCAGAGGUGUAUUCUGUCCCUGCCCUGUGAACACGUCUGACUCAGAUCAUCUGUUAUUUAAUUGCCCAGCUCGUUCCUCAGUGGCCCUUAGCCCGGGCUUGGCCGGGAUGGCAUGGGUUGCAGGGGAGGGGGCUCCUGAGCGGGGAGACUUUGAGCUUCCGGCAGUGAAUUUGGGAACGGGGUAGUGAGCAGUUUCCCUCUGCCCCCGGGGGAAGCUGGG